UAAAGAAGUUGUUCUGAUAUCUUUGAAUAAAUACAAUUUAAUGUUUAAAUAGAAAAAGUGGUUAUAAUAUUAUUUGACAGUUACGAUUUUUACUUACUUACUUUGUUCAAGGAUUCGUAAACAAUGAUAAGUAAAGGAAUUAUUUACAAUAAAAAUGAAGUGUCCAGUUGAGGUCCGUUGUAUUGUAUGUCACCUCACGUUUUGUUGCGCUGAAUGUCGUUGGAAACACGAGCAGACAACCCACGGUCUUCAGUACGACUGUCCAAUCUGCCGAGGCUACAGAUUCCUUUGCCGACCAGAAGAGUUAAACCCACAAUUCGUAAGACAUCUAACUCGAGAACAUUUACCCCUACAGUGCCGUAAAUGUAACAAAAUAUUCAACAAAAUGGAAGACCUUAGCAAAAUCGAUGAAUGUGUCAGCAUAUCUGAGUUAAUUGACAAAGAAGUCACGAAGGAGCUCGUCAAAAGUGUUGAUGAUAAAUUCAAUUCUAUUCUUGUAAAGACCGACAGUAAUGAAGCAGAUUUUGAAGCUAUAGUGUCUGUCGAUAAAACUAGUAAGACUGCAGUUAUAACACCAAUAGUAAGGAAGAAAUAUUUAGUUGAUUACGAAUCUAGUGAUGGCGAAGAUGAUAGUCAAAAGGCUGAAGUUAUGAAAACGCCGUACGCGAAAUUGGCUCCUAAAACUCCGAAAGCGAAGAAGCAAAGAGCUGUUACUCCUCAUGUGAAAAAGUUGUUGUUGAUGCGUCAGAAAGUUGUAGAAGAAUAUGAUGAUACAGGUGAAGACGCAGACAAUGAUACCCCUGGAAUAUCCAAAACGACUCCUUUGAGAAAUGAAGAUAAUGUUGACACCGAUAAGGAAAUGACUACUCCCACAUCCCAUAUACCACACCUAAUGAAGCUAGCCCAGGUUGUCACCACCAGCACACCAACCCACCCUGCUGUGGGAGGAUGGUCACUCUUCACCGACCAGGGAGCUGACUCCCCACUCUCAGAGAUUGAGAAUGGAGAGAGUCCUGCUCAAAGUACUGUUAAUGAGCCAUCAUCUAAAGGCGAGUCGACGUUGCCUCCAAAACUGAAGAGUAUUAUAGUAACAGGUAGCAAGCUCCGUUUGGGUAGCCAGGACAGUUCUGAGAAACAAGUCACCUUUCAGGAUUCAGUUGACAACUCAUCAGCGAAGACUAAGAGGGUCAAAUUUGCCGAUGACACCGUCUUUGAACAAGAACCAAAAGUAAAACGUGUGUACCGUAAACCAAAACGAAUGUUAACUCCGGGACCACAAAGGCCAAAAUACUGUUGCAACCCUCGCUUCCAAGCAUUAAUCAACCGUUUUGAGCAUCAGGGCAUAACUGUGGCUAGGACCCCCGUCAAUAGAGACGUAAGGGAUCCCAUUAGAGACCCACCAGAUAGUACCCCGCCGAUUGGCGAACAUUCCAACAUGCCAGCGAGGGCAAUCAACUUUAAAGAAGACAGUCCCGUAGUAGACGAAAACUACUCCAAAGAUUCAAAUGAAUUAUUCAAGACCUGCGUUGACUCGCCAGCCGAGACCAAAGGUAUUAACAAUGCAAUAACAGCGCUCACUGCAAAUAUCGCCGGCUCUCUUCAGAAUUGCCUCAGUACCGCUUUGAAAACAAACGAAGAGGAAACAGAGAUACAAUUUAAAUUUGUGAUAACGAAAAAGAAAGUUAGCGUUAAAAGGAUUGUCGAGGCUGGAGAGGGGGUGGACGAGAAGUCGAGUGAAAUUGAGAGGGGCUCAGAGCGGGACAAGGAAAACAUCUGGUCCACGGUCGCGAAGGCUGUGAGGACCGUAUUUUGGGGCGAGGGGACUAAUUUGGAUGCUGAGACACCACACAGGUCUUUCAAUUCCACUGGCUCAUCGGCAACUAAAAGGAAAUGCGAAGAGAUGUCUGACUGCGAACUGAGUCCUUUAAACCACAAGAGACACAAAUACGAGGGUAGAAUCAGAGGUAGACCGCCACUACGCCGGAGUAGAACUUGGGUAUCGAGCUUGAGAAGUUCGCAAUCGGCUGAUCAUCAGGCGUUAGAGCACAAAGUCUUCGGCGAUUAUGAAGAUACCAUGAACCAGAGCUUUUGAUUGUAUUUUUAUUUAUACCCUAUUUAAUUAAUGUAGCAUGAGUAGAAUGACAGCGAGACAGACAUAGUAAAUCAGCUAGUGCAAAAGAGACAAAGUAAACUCGUCUUUUCGCCAUUGCACCUGUUGAACAGCUGUGAGGCUCUGCAGAAGCCGAGCAC